GAAGUGCUGGUCAGGUAAAGCCAUGGUGCUGUGACAGAAUGUAAACCGACUCGGCCAUGUACAGCAGCAAUUAUUAAGGGUUUUUAAUAACACGGAGCACUUCGGUUAUGCUAUGUUUAAGUGGUCUGAGUGCCCCUCCCCCACCGGCUCAUGUUCGAACACUUUGGUCUCAGAUGUGGCUAUUUGGGGAAGCUGUAAAAGUUCUAGGAUGUGCAGCCUUGCUGGAGGAAGUAGACCCCACAGCCUUGCCCCACACCCAGUUUCCUGUUUCCUGUGUGCAGUUGAGAUGUAAUUCCUAGGCUUCCUGCUCCCUGUCACCUCACAGCUCUGGGCUUAACGCUCGGUACAUAUCACUGUCUCCUCUGGCUGUCUCUGAAACUCUGGCAAAUGUAAAGUUUGCUCUCUCUCUCUCUCUCUCCCUCCCUCCCUCUCUUUCUUGCUCCCUGUCCCCUAACUCCCACCCCACUCCCAACCCCGCUCCUCCACAUGUUCCCGGCCAGCCUUUCCCCUCCUUUCUCUCUCCUCUCUUUCUGUCCUUCUCUGUCCUCUUUCUCUGCCUCUACUCCCUUUCCUAGAACCCCUUCCCAUGUCCCAAAUAAACUUCAUUUUAUACUUAUAAAAAAAGGGGAGGGUAAAAUUCAAUGUCUCAGAGGAAAGCUAAGGAAAGCCAAAGCUAUUCCUGGUCUGUGGAGGGGGGGCACGCAAUGUAAAGAGCUCCUUCCAACACCACCUCCCCACUAGAGCCUCUCCUUCUAAUGUUUGCCACACACUCCCUUCCUUCCAACUGUUCCUUGCAUCAUUCGACACUACUGAGCCCUGUCUGAGGCAGGCCCACUUGGGCUCUUCAAGAACAGCACACUGUCCUGCCGCCUUUGUCUCAUUACGCCUAGUGGAGUCUCCCUUAAUCCGGUCGAAGACAUAAUUUGAGAAAAAGUGAUGUUAACUGUAUGUCUCGGCCACUCUCUGAGUAAAAACACUGCCAAAUGAGUAACAGGGCUGACCUAGGGCUGUGACUACAAAGUGGGAAAGAGGCAUCCCAGAGGACGGAAGCUGGAGCAUCAGAAUGACCAUAAAGAGUCAACAGAGGACACAGAAGAGCAGGACAAAGUGAAUCCAAGAAUUUCAAACACUUCCAAGAACAGGAAAAUGAUGGCAAGCCGGAUGGAAACCAGAAACAGGGGGUGACAAGGUAAGACGCUGGGAGACCAACGGACAGCCUUCAGCUGGAAAUUGACCCUGGAAGGCCACAAACCACUGUCUAACGUCACAAAAACAUGAGCAAAUUUUCUGCUUUAAAUCACAAAGUAUAAUUUGAGCAGACCAGGAGCUCCACUCUUAUACUCCUGCCAUAAAUCUUCAAAGAUGUUUUUAAUUUAUGCCUCCAUUGACCUUUUCUAUAAUCACCGUUUUUAAUAAGCUUUUUCAUAACGAAUCGUUGUCUUUGAUGUGUAACUAAUUUUGUGAUGUUUCUUGAACCAAAACUUCUCUUGCAGCUGCUUGGUUUUCUUCCCCAAGGUGACAUAGGUGAACGGAAAAUGAUGUCCCUGAGUCACACCCCGAGGGAACUCGGCUUCUGAGGGUCUUUUUGAUUUGGGGACAGAGACCACAAGCUGCAACAGACUGUCCAGCAGACACUUCUCAACUGCUGGGGUGCCUGGCUUCCCCUGCACCAUGCUGCAGCUCAGCAGAGUGGAGCAGGAGCUGGGACCUCUGGGGCCACUUAGGAAAGGUACCUCUAUGUUCAAAUGCCACCCUCCCCAGCCCCAAGAAGCCUGAGGCUGAGGUCCGACUCAUCAAGAUCUAGGUCCUCAUACAACACAAUCUAGCCAGCCUGGGUCCCCAUCUACUGAUGGAUGACGAACUUUUAAUGCAUUUUCUAUGGGCUACCUAGCAUGAGCUGGCUGUGAAAUGAAGGGGUGGUUGGAUUAAUUAACUCUGAAUCCCACCCAAUUCUUCUCUCAAACAACCACUGCUGGUUCUGGGUUAACAGAUAAUCUCCUCGAAGGGACAUACCAGAGAUAUCGGGCACACACUGAGUCCAGCUCUGUCACAUUCAGUGAGUGCAGCUCAUUGACAAUGUGGGCAACACAGAAGGACACUUAAUCCUACUGUGGGGCAGAAUGGCCAAGCUGUAAUCCUUGGUCCUCCAUGCCCUACCAGAAGGCCUGAUCUCUCUCUCUCUCUCCCUCUCUCUCUCUCUGUCUGUCUCUGUCUCUGUCUCUGUCUCUCUCCCUCCCUCCCUCCCUCCACUUCCACCCUGUAAAAGAGGCCUCUCAGUAGCUGCUGCUGACCUCAACUGUGAGAGCUGAAGCGGCCUGAGAACAUGAAGAUGCACACAGAGUCCAGCACAUAGACAGUGCCUAACAACUACCAUCACAGUGAACACUGAGACUCUGGCCAGACCAGGGAGGGUCACUUUCUCCCUGCUGCAUUUAAGUAAAGACAGGGGGAUUCAUCAAUAGAUAAACACUAAGCAGGUGAGAAAAUUAACUAGUGCCAGGGCCAUGACACACCAACGGGGCAGGUAUACCUUGGCCCAAGAAGCAGACAAGGAGAACAGGGUAUAGGGUCUGUGCCCUAAACACACCUCCCCACAUCUGUGCCCACAUACUGGCUACAGACUCCAGCAUGGGGUUCAAAAAUCCACCUGCUAGGCUUCUUGGAGAUAGGGCAGGGCUGAACUUUUGGGUGCAUAAUGGAUAUGCACCCAUGGUGGUACUCAUGCUAAGAACUCUGUCAACAGAAUGGACAGCAUCUGAACACAGGGAUCAGAUCAUGAGACCCCGAAGCUCAGAGUAAGGCACCACCAUUCAAAUCACUGGGUCACCUCAGAGGUGACAGAGCUGGUCUCUGCUGCCACCUCACAUGCCCACCCUGAUCCUAGGCUCACCUUAUAGCUUCUGGAAGGUCGGUGCCCUAGCAACAUGCCACUCCUCCGCUCUGACCUGUGGUGGUCCUGAGAUGAGAGCACCGUGACACAUGAUCACAAGCUCCACACUGCCAACCUUUCCAGGGUUGGUCUAUCGACUCCAAAUUCUCAGAGCCCAAACAAGCACCAUACUGCAAGCUGUACGCUGGACUGUACAUACAAACCCACAAGCCCAUGGAUAUUUGUGGCCUCCCUGGUGCCACUAAAAUCUCCCUGAAAAAUGGAUAAAAUAAGAUCAAAAUGUUAGGAGAGCCCUUGGAUACCGACGGGUAGGGAGGAGCAGCCACCCAUUCAAGGGUGGGCACGGGCAGCUGGUCACCCACCAGCUGUGGGACACUUUUCCCCAGCAGCCUUCUGUGGAGACUGGCAUUCCUUAUGUGGCAUGCGCCUUAGGGCUGCUGGUGGACAGCGGCCCAAAGCCAGCACGUGAGUUCUGCUGCACUCUGCAGCCAAGCACAGGUGUUCUUAGAAGCCCAGCAGGAGCAGUGAGGCACCUGAGACCUGACGAGAAGUCUGCCCCACUGGAAAAGGCUGCCUGUACAGAUGGCCAGGAAAUGAACCCUGAGCUUUCUAAAGACAAUUGGCUCUCUGUGUGCUUUUUGCCAGCUAAAAUCAAUACUUACCACUUAGAGAUCACUUAAUAAACACUAUUAAUUUUAAGUUACUUCGAUUCUUUUUAAAAUGAGUUCCAAAUAAGCCUGAGCCGAUACCUCCUUCCUUUCUGAGAUCACUGAAGCAGGGGGUCAGCUACAGCCGAUAGUCGUGACCCAAGCUAAAUACAGCUAUACUCUGCCAGCAGAGCUUAGCUGGGUACAAGACCAACAAAAAUGGGCCCUGGUCACCAGACAUGCUGGGACAUACAAGACACUCUUCUAAUGUAUGGACUCUAUGUCUACUCCUCUGUGGCUUCAAAACCAGUAACCAAACAGUAAAUGAUGCCCUAAGGUACAAUAACCUCUUUUGGAGGCAUGAAAAUUAGUAUGGUGGGUAGUGACUGGCAGCUUAAGAGUAGAUGGGUUGGCAUGGGCUGGGUCAACAAGGACAAACUAGAAUAGGACAAGAUAGAUCAUAGCACAUGCUAUGGAUUGAAUCCUCAUGAGAUCCAACCCCCAGAAUCUCAGCAUGGAAAGGUAUUUGGAAAUAGGCUGUUUUGUGUGUAACUCCUUUAUAUUUAUUUAUGUUCAUGAGUAUCUUGCCUACAUGUGUAAAUGCAAAACAUGCAUUGUCUGAUGCCUGUGCUGGUCAGAAGAGGGAAUCAGAUCCCUUAGAACUAAGACACAAAUGAUUGUGAUCUGCCGUGUGAGUUUGGGAACCAAAGGUUUUACAAGACUCUUAACUGCUGAGCCAGCUAAGCAGAGCUUAGACAGGUUUUUAAAGAAGUAAUUAAAGUAAAAUAAGGUUGGUAGGACAGGCUAUUGUCAAUUGUGACUGGUGCCCUUAUGAAAAUCAAUAGUGAAGACACAGACACACACAGAAGAACACAUGAAGGGGCCAACACAGGCACACACAGAACACAUAGAGGGACCAACACAGGUACACACAGAAGAACACAUGGAGGGACCAACACAGGCACACACAGAACACAUAGAGGGACCAACACAGGCACACACAGAAGAACACAUGGAGGGACCAACACAGGCACACACAGAACACAUAGAGGGACUAACACAGGCACACACAGAAGAACACAUGGAGGGACCAACACAGGCACACACAGAAGAACACAUGGAGGGACCAACACAGGCACACACAGAAGAACACAUGGAGGGACCAACACAGGCACACACAGAAGAACACAUGGAGGGACCAACACAGGCACACACAGAAGAACACAUGGAGGGACCAACACAGGUACACACAGAAGAACACAUGGAGGGACCAACACAGGCACACACAGAAGAACACAUGGAGGAGCCAACACAGGCACACACAGAAGAACACAUGGAGGGACCAACACAGGCACACACAGAAGAACACAUGGAGGGGCCAACACAGGCACACACAGAAGAACACAUGGAGGGACCAACACAGGCACACACAGAAGAACACAUGGAGGGACCAACACAGGCACACACAGAAGAACACAUGGAGGGACCAACACAGGUACACACAGAAGAACACAUGGAGGGACCAACACAGGCACACACAGAAGAACACAUGGAGGAGCCAACACAGGCACACACAGAAGAACACAUGGAGGGACCAACACAGGCACACACAGAAGAACACAUGGAGGGACCAACACAGGCACACACAGAAGAACACAUGGAGGGACCAACACAGGCACACACAGAAGAACACAUGGAGGGACCAACACAGGCACACACAGAACACAUAGAGGGACCAACACAGGCACACACAGAAGAACACAUGGAGGGACCAACACAGGCACACACAGAACACAUAGAGGGACCAACACAGGCAUACACAGAAGAACACAUGGAGGGGCCAACACAGACACACACAGAAGAACACAUGGAGGAGCCAACACAGGCACACACAGAAGAACACAUGGAGGGACCAACACAGGCACACACAGAACACAUAGAGGGACCAACACAGGCACACACAGAACACAUGGAGGGACCAACACAGGCACACACAGAACACAUAGAGGGACCAACACAGACACACACAGAAGAACACAUGGAGGGGCCAAUGGUUCACACGCCAAGGAGGAAGACCUCAGAGGAAACUAACUAUGUCAUAGCUUGACCCCUAACCUCUAGAAAUAGGAAAAGCAAGUGAGUGAAGUCUGUGAAAGCCACCAGCAUGUGGCACUUUCACAGCAGCCUGGGUAGGCUGACAUGGUGCGUCACAUACAAGUGACAGAGCAUUGGUACAUGAAAGUCAAAGUCACAGAUAGCAGAGCCCCCAACACAGGCCGUGGUCAAACGGCCUACUCUUGAUUGUCAAUGUGAUGAAACUUAGAAUCGAUGCUGAAACUAACCGCUGUGUAGUAGUCUGUGAGAGAAGCCCUACCCCAAAUGUGACACCAUCCCAAUGGGCUGUGGUCCUGGACCACACAAAAAGAGAAAGUGGGUUGAGCCCAGACACUCAUCUCUCUCAGCUUCCUGACUGCAGCUGUAAUGUGAGCAGCCGCCUCAUGCCCCUGCCACUGCUAUGCCUGCCGUGAUGGGCUGUACCUUCCAACCCUGAGGUGGAACAAACACGUUCUACCUUAAGUUACUAUUGUCGAGGCAUUAUAUCACAGCAGAAGAAACAGUAGCCAAAAUGCCACGGCUGUGACUUCCCAGGGUUAGAGUCUUCUGCGGUGCUCAGUACACUUCUGCAGUAGAUUCUGAAUUCCUCACAUUCAAUGUACACUAUAAUCCCAGCUCUACAUGAAAUUUGGAAUGCUUUGUCUCACACAGCUAGCUACUCAGUAAGUGAGUGACCAUGCGUGUCCUCAUGGAUCCAUUCCCACAUUCCAAAGGCGGGGGUGGCGACUGAAGGCCAGAGAGACAAGGAGACCUGGGACAGGGUCUCACUACCAACUCUUCCUUCACUCUCCCUCCAGAAAACCAUGCCUGACCCUGCACCCAGGCUCACAGUCUUAGGUCAUGCCACACACAUGGCCCCUGCCCACACAGCCAAUGCUCACACAGCCAAUGCCCACACAGUCAAUGCCCACAUAGACUCUUCUUAUUGCAUUCAUUGUUUCAGAACCACAAUGCCAAGUGAAGACCCUACCUCUUGAUUUUGCAUUAAAUUUAACUCACUUUUCUUACUCUUACAGAGCACGGGUACAGAGCCCACAUUCUGUUUGUUUGUUUGUUGUUUUUCGAGA